CUGACCCAAUUCUGCAAUACCAAUUAGCUCUGACCCACGUUUACAGACAGAACAACCUGUGACCCACUCCUGCAGCCAGAACCAAGUCUCAUUUACACUGUCAGCUUCUUUCUAUCCACUACUGCAACAGGUUCUGUACAUCAGUCUCAGCAGCUAAGACUUACUUCUGCGCUCAUCGCCAUCCCUGAUCCGCUCCUGCAGCCACAAGCAAUUUGGUUUUAUUUCAGCAACAAGUCUGCUGCGAUCCUCUCCAACAGCCAGGAGGUCCAUUCCUUACAUUUUGCUCCACAAGUCACCCUAUGACUCUGGUCACCGAUCUGCCGGAUUGUGAUCCACUCUCUGAGCCAGUACCAGUUGUGUGCACCACUCCGACCCACACUGCCCACCUGUGAUCUCCUACAAGCUGUUGGCAUCUGUCUCCCUGACUUUGAGCUCUUCUUGCAGCCUGUGCCAGCUGUGCCCCUCUCCUGCAACCAGCACCAAGUGUGCCUACUCUCCAGCAGGGAGUGCCAGCUGUUCCCCUCUCCCCUGCAGCCAGUGUCAGCUGUGCUCCUCUCCCCUGCGGGCAGUGCUAGUCUUGCGAGACUCCCUGUUGGCAUCCAGUGCCAUCUGUGUCAGUCUGAUGUGUGCCGGUCUCCGUAUUUUAUCCUGUGCUGGCUGAAAGCAACAGUUUCUACUGGAAGAAGACCCAGUGCCCUUCGGCUACCCUCUCCAGGCUGCAUCCCGCAUGCUGCCGGUGGGUUUCUACUCGUGUCCGGGACUGUGGAUGACCAUGACAUAGAGCUCUGGAGAGCCAGCCACAUUGGAGAUGAGUUUCCAUAAAGAGGACGGUGUGAGCUUGUGCCAGAAAGCUUUGCAGAUCGUGUCGGAGCUUUGCCUAGGAGGGCAGGUGGAAUGGGACAAGUGCACUGGAAUCUUUCCCUCUACCAAUCAUGGAGCAGGCAGUACAGAUAUAUCUGUCAGCCUCCUUGCCGUGGUGGUCAGUUUCUGUGGGUUGGCACUGUUGGUGGUCUCCCUCUUCGUCUUCUGGAAGCUGUGCUGGCCGUGUUGGCGCACUAAACCGCUUACUUGCACCGUGCAGGCUGCCCCUCCCUGCAUCCCCAGCGCCCCACCUGAAAUGGUGGAAACCAACGAGAAGAAGGAAAUUAAGCAGAAUGGCAAGCAUUCAGUGAAGGUGCAAGAGGCGGCAAUGAAAAUCAGCCACACUUCACCCGAUAUUCCUGCUGAGGUCCAAAAUGCCUUGAAGGAACAUUUGAUGAAACAUGCACGAAUGCAGCGUCAAAUCACUGAGCCAACAUCCUCUUCAAGACACAAUUCCUUCCGGAGACACUUGCCACGACAGAUGCAGGUGUCCAGCGUGGACUUCAGCAUGGGUGUGGAACCAUUACAAAGAGGAGAGACUACCACCAGCAUCGGCCGAAUCAAACCGGAACUCUACAAACAGAAAUCCUUUGACUCGGAAGACAAUAAGAAAGAGGACGCUAAAACAUGCGGCAAACUAAACUUCACCUUACAUUACGACUAUGAGAAUGAACUUCUUCUUGUGAAAAUCGUAAAAGCCCUGGAAUUGCCAGCCAAAGACUUGUGUGGUACCUCAGACCCCUACGUGAAAAUCUAUCUUCUCCCAGACAGAAAGAAGAAGUUUCAGACAAGGGUUCACAGGAAAACCCUGAACCCCAACUUUGAUGAGACUUUCCAGUUUCCCGUGGCCUAUGACCAUCUGAGCAAUAGGAAACUGCAUUUCAGCGUUUACGACUUUGACCGAUUCUCCAGACAUGACAUGAUUGGGGAGGUCAUUUUGGAUAAUUUAUUUGAAGUGUCAGACCUCUCCAGAGAAACCACGGUGUGGAAAGACAUCUAUUGUGCCACAACUGAAAGCGUAGAUCUUGGGGAGAUCAUGUACUCGCUUUGCUACUUACCUACUGCUGGCCGAAUGACACUCACCGUUAUCAAGUGCCGGAAUCUGAAGGCAAUGGAUAUCACAGGCUCAUCUGAUCCCUAUGUCAAAGUCUCCUUAAUGUGUGAAGGGCGGAGACUGAAAAAAAGGAAAACCACCACAAAAAAGAACACAUUAAACCCUGUCUAUAAUGAGGCCAUCAUCUUCGACAUCCCUCCAGAGAACAUGGACCAGGUCAGCCUUUCUAUAGCCGUCAUGGAUUAUGACAGGGUGGGCCACAAUGAGGUGAUCGGAGUGUGCAGAACUGGCAUUGAUGCUGAGGGACUUGGCAGGGACCACUGGAAUGAGAUGCUGGCUUAUCCCAGAAAACCGAUCACACACUGGCAUGCUCUCACCGAGCUUCCAGGUCGGGCUACCAGCUUUGACAGUCAAGGUUCAUGCUCCUCACCGAAGCCUCCUCUAACACCGUAAAAGUUGCCGGCAUGGGUCUUUUCACCUGUAACUUCGGCAAAUGCUUACCUAUGACGCGAGUGUCCUUAUCAUAGUCUGUACAGCAGCCAAUCAGAAAAUGGUGUGACAACGCUCACUUGGGUUACGCAGCUUCCUAGAUGCACAAGCAGAAGAUGGGUCUGAGGCUCACACAAAAGCCUACCCUACUCUUUGUGAAGAGUUAACCCAGAAGCGUGAUCUAUAACACAGACACACUCAGGAGUAACAUUUCUAUGUAAUCUUAUAAAUACGCAGGUGCCACCCAACAUGGCAGGGGAGAGGGACACCUGACAAUGAAGCAGUGCAUUGUGGGUGCCAUGCCCUACUUAAUCCCUUAUAGACCUCUUCCCAAAUCUUAUGGGGCCUAAAUCGAACCAGCAGUUAAACAGCAACGAAUGAAUUAUACACACACACAAAAAAAGUUAUUAAAUACGUAUGCAGAGUAAUUAUGCCUAAAAAAAAAAAAAA